UUUGCUUUUCUGUGCGUUAACCCAUUUUCGCUGCAUCUUUUUGCUUAAUCUUCAAAAGUUGAUUCAUCAAUGGCCGAAGAAGCUUUCGGAGUUCGUAGGAUGAAGCUGGGGAGCCAAGGGCUUGAGGUUUCGACUCAGGGACUUGGUUGCAUGGGUCUCUCCGCUUUCUACGGAGCUCCGACACCUGAGACCAACGCCGUCGCUCUCCUACGUCAUGCCAUUACAGCUGGAAUCACAUUCCUUGACACCUCCGACUUCUACGGCCCUGAGACAAACGAGCUGCUCCUCGGCAAGGCUUUGGAAGAUGGUUUGAGGGAGAAAGUGGAACUGGCGACAAAGUUUGGGAUCACUGCUUCUGAAGAUGGAAAAUUUGGUUUCAGGGGAGAUCCACAGUAUGUGAGGUCUACUUGUGAGGCUAGUUUAAGGCGUCUUGGUGUUACCUCCAUUGAUCUUUAUUACCAGCAUCGGAUUGAUACCACUGUCCCCAUCGAAGUCACGAUGGGAGAACUGAAGAAGCUUGUUGAAGAAGGUAAAAUAAAAUACAUUGGCUUGUCUGAAGCCUCUGCGUCAACUAUCAGAAGAGCGCAUGCGGUUCACCCACUAACCGCUGUGCAGAUAGAAUGGUCUUUAUGGUCGAGAGAGGUGGAAGAAGAUAUCAUUCCUACCUGCAGGGAGCUUGGGAUUGGAAUUGUAGCUUAUAGCCCUCUAGGAAGAGGCUUCUUUGCAUCAGGACCCAAACUUGCUGAGAAUUUGAAGCAAGGUGAUAUACGAAAGAAUCUACCAAGAUUCCAAAAGGAGAACCUAGACCACAACAAGAUUGUCUUCGAGAAAGUCCAAGAGAUAGCAAGAACGAAAAGCUGCACUCCUGCACAACUAGCUCUUGCAUGGGUUCACCACCAAGGAGAUGAUGUCUGUCCCAUUCCAGGAACCUCCAAGAUCGAAAACCUGAUCCAGAACAUUGGCGCUUUAUCUGUGAAACUCACUACUGAUGAGAUGGCUGAGCUUGAAGCCAUUGCCAGACCGGAUGUAGUGAAAGGGGAACGACAUUGGAACAUAAUGGCUACUUACAAGAACUCUGAAACUCCACAAUUGUCUUCUUGGAAAGCAGCAUAACCAUAUUUGGAUUGCACAAGUUUAUCAUCUGUUUGGUGACUGGUUUUGAGAAUGCAUGUGACGGGAGCGCCGCUAAGUUUUAUGUACCUUUGGUUUAUGCCGGUUCAAUAAUUUUAUGAACAAGAAAAAUUUUAGACCCUUCAAAUUUACUUAUA